ACAGGAAGUCACUCUGUACAUCAGGACUCUUAUGGAACACAAGAGGACAUUGACCACACCAGGAAUGACUCCAGCCAUGCUGAACUUCCUGAGGGGCAUGGAGAAACAGUUACUUGGACCUCUUGAACAGCCUAUCAUUGGUUCAGUGGGAAGCCGCAGGCAGGGGACAUUUGGUGGAACAGAAGAUCUCCAACCGGGAAUGCUUGCAGCUAUUUAU